AUGAGUAAAAAAAGGGCCAAGGCGAUCACACCACACGAAACCGUAUACGGACUCAAACCGGACUUGUCCGCGAUGCAUGUGUUCGGUGUCAAGGCUUACGUGCACAUUCCAAAGGAACAACGUAUAAAGCUGAAGCCUGAAGCGAAGAAGAUGACAUUUGUCGGGUACUCUCUUCAGCACAAAGGAUACCGAAGGAUUGAUUCGAAGACCAACAAGAUAAAGAUAAGCCGAGAUGUGAGGUUCCUUUCGGAAGAUGAGCCGGGAAUGUUUGUUUCGUCGGAGGAAGAUACAGUAGAGUAUGAGUUCCGAAACAGCGAUGUGCAGGAUGGGAUAGAACAACAGUUUGAAAAUCCAGUUGACGAUAAUGAGGAUCAAGAGGUGCUGUCAGCGGUCGGGAGCGUGAGCAGUGGAAGGCUGCUAUCAAAGACGAACUGGGCUCUCACAAUGAAAAUGGAACCUGGGAGUUAG